AUGAGUUCACCAUGGCCUUUCGUCGCCUGCGGCAUGGAUGUUAUUGGAUCCAUUGAACCUGCAGCCUCGAAUGGCCACCGUUUCAUUUUGGUUUCCAUUGACUAUUUCACUAAGUGGGUGGAAGCAAUAUCCCACAAAUCAGUAACAAAGAAAAUAGUGGCAGACUUUGUGGGCAACCACAUCAUAUGCAGAUUCGGUGUACCCGAGUCCGUUAUAACAAACAAUGGAGCGAAUCUGAAUAGCCACCUGAUGAAGGAUAUCUGUGAGCAAUUCAAGAUCACCCAUCGAAACUCAAUAGCUUACUGGCUGCAAAUGAACAGAGCCAUAGAAGCAUCCAACAAAAAUAUCAAAAGAAUAUUAAGGAAGAUGACUGAUAACCACAAAGGUUGGCACGAGCAGUUGCCUUAUGCCUUUCUGGGAUACUGUACUACGGCUAGGACUUCAACAGGAGCAAUGCCAUAUUUGUUGGUCUACGGGACUGAAGCAGUCACACCCACUAAGGUUGAGAUACCUUCUCUGAGAAUCAUUCAGGAAGUGAAGUUGGACAAUGCCGAAUGGGUUCGAGCUCGUUAUGAGCAAUUGGAUUUGAUUGAUGAGAAAAGAAUGGUCGCCGUCUGUCACGGUCAAUUAUACUGGCAAAGGUUGGCGAGAGCUUUCAACAAACGAGUCAGAACCAGACUUUUUCAGAUUGGGCAAUUGGUGCUCAAAAGGAUUUUCCCACAUCAAGACGAAUAUAAAAGGAAGUUUGCUCCCAACUGGCAAGGGCCUUACGUAAUCCGCAAAGUGCUCUCCGGGGGAGCGGUAGUAUUGGCAGAAAUGGACGGCCAAGAAUGGCCGAAGCCGAUUAACUCAGAUGCAAUCAAGCGCUACUAUGCAUGA